AUCAGCUGUAUCGGAGCUCUGAUAGGUGAUGUGGGAAGAACUUGUUACUAAAGGUCCUGCAGUAAAACAGCCCUAUAUCAACACUGGCUUUGAAUAAGGAGCGCUCCUUCUCUUUUCAACAAACGCAAGUCUCCUUUGGUGGUGCCAUCCUUUAUGAAAACAUGGAGAGAAACAUCCCCAGUCUUCUCCUCUUCCACCUCGUCCUCUUCGUCAUCCCUGCUCCUCUGUGUUCAGCAUAUUCAAAAGUUGUCUACAUCCCAGAGCCAAUGACCUGGAUGGCUGCUCAGAACUACUGCAGAACACACUACACUGACUUGGUCACCAUCGGAAACCCAAUAGACAUUUUCAGACUUACUAAAUAUGAAGGCUGGAUUGGUUUGCACAACGGCUCAGAUGGUGUAUGGAGAUGGUCCGGAAGAGAUGAGCAAGCUACCUUCAGCAACUGGAAUAAAGGUGAACCAGGCAAUGAUGAGUCGUGUGCUUUUACGAGGAAUUCACUUUGGCAAGGCGACAAGUGCAGUCAUAAUCACGCCUUCUUAUGCAUGUAUGACCAAGUGAUUCUGGUUCAGGAGCAUAAGACAUGGGAGGAGGCCUUGGAGCACUGUAGAGAGCUGCAGGUUGUGGACUCCACUGAGUAUGACCUUGUCAGCCUGCCAGAAGCAACUGACAUUCUGAUCGACAGUGAGACAAAGUGGCUGCACCGAUUUGAGGCAUGGGUGGGACUGCAUUUCCUGGCUGGUGACUGGUUGUGGGUGAGCGGAGAAGAGGUGACCAGGUCCAACCUUCCUCAGUGUCCUGUCGAGCAGCAGUACUGUGGCGCCAUAGUUUAUGAUAUGUUUUACACACAGUGGAAGAUAAUAAACUGUACUGAAGAAAGAAACUUCUUCUGCAGCAGAAAACCAUGAAUGCUGGGAGAGCAUUUGUUAAUCUUGGUAAAUGUUAAAUCUUGAAGUUCAAUUGUGGUCCCCUUUUAAGACAGAGGUGACAUGAGCAGAGAUUCAAAGCCAUGCAUGGAAAUACGAGUGGUGGUGUUGCUUAAUGAACUAUGCAAUAACCCAACAUUAGCCAUCAUAAACCAUAUAGGUUUAUGGCUAAUGUUGUGAUAUUGUAUAAGAUCAUUCAGUUUGGCUCCACAACAGUUUAAAAGAUUUGUAAUAACAUGUAGUACUACUGGCUCAAGGAUGACAAGAACCUCUACAAGAGGGGACUGUUAUGUUAAGUUCAGAUGGACAAAAUUUGGUCAAAGCACCUUUUCAGUCAAGAGAGAUGUGAUGAGGAAUACUUUACUGCUGAGUAUCAGAGAGUGCAGUACUUUUACAACCUUUAAAUUCAGCUUGAAAACAUGGCUGAAGGGUACUGAUAACUGCAGUUACUGAGAUAAGAGUCUAUGAUGAUGUAGCCAGCAUUAAUAUUAACGGUCUGAUUAGAAAUAGCUUCUAUUGAUGAGUUUGAUGGAAUUGUCUUUUAUUUGUUUUUAUGUCUUGCGCUGUGUUUCCUGCUAAGUCUAAUGGUUUAAUUUAGUACAAUGGUCUGUUAUCGGAUGAUUUUACAACCUGUCAUUUUUUUGGAGGCUGUCACCCAGGGAUUCUUGAUGAGACUUAGCUUUUAGCUAUAUCUAAUACAAUUAAUAUAUUGUGCAUUGCCCCUGUCAAAUGAACAAAUAAAGAAUAACAAAUGACAAUAACUGUACUGUUACUGUGACCUGUAAAGACAGGUUCAGGUUGCUUUAUUUGUACCUGUAGGUCAAUUUGUUUUGCAGUUAAAAGUGCAUGGCAUCCAUCAACACAAUUUUUACACCACAGUCAACACAGAAUACACAUACGCAAGAAUGGACUGUAAAUUGUAAAAAUGCUCCAGGACUAAUCAAAAGUAAAUCCAAAAAUAACAAAAAAUAGAAAAUAUGAGAUUAACUUAUUAUAAAAAAUAUUGGGACAAACUCAGAAGUGCAU